UUGUUUUAAAUAUGAAAAUAUGUUUGCUUUGGCAAAGGUGGGGGGGAUAUAUAUGCAGUUAAAAUGGUAUGGUUCGGUAGGGAAAUGUGCCUACAUGUAGGAAAAUAAAGGGUUUAGGGAUUAAUUCACGUGGGCGUAUAAAAGCACUGACCUGUAGCUGAAGGGCAGAAGGUUCUAACCUUUGUAAUCCCAGAGUUUAUCUACAGAUUAUUUUUGUGUAAGGAAUAAGAGGAUCUAUGUGUUGUGUAAAGGAACUGCCUAGUAUCUGCCUGUAUGUGCACUGACUUUUGAUGAUGGGGAAGAAGCAAGUGGCACCACCACGUGCCCUGCCUCCAAUGCCAAGCACAAUUAUUGAUGAAAUUCCUCUUAGCCGGUCAAAGAAAAAGAAGUCAAAGUCAAAUAAUGUGCCUGAUGAUUUGUUGCAGAAUGCAGGAUUUAACACCUCUGAGAACAAAGAUCCUCUCUCUCCAGAAAGAAGAAAAAAGAAAAAGAAAAGGCUGUCAAUAGAUGCAGAAACAUCUUUAACUCAGCACAACCCUGCUUUACCAGUAGUUCAGAAUGGGAAAGACACAGACAACCAGGCCGCAGAGGAGGGGACAACUCGAAAACCACGCAGAAGAACUAAGAAAACCCGGUCAGUGGGGCAGGAAUUCCCAAAUGAACUGGGAGUUGAGGACGAAGACAUAAUUCCUGAUGGACAUACAAAGAUUCCUGAGCAGAACCCUGCGUUCCUUGCUUCUUCUUUAACUAGCCAGCCAGUCGGGAAAUUCUUUGUGGAAAAGAAUCGUAGGUUUCAAGCUGCAGAUCGCUCUGAAAUUAUCAAAACAACUGAGCAAACUGAUGUUUUCCUUGACGUCAAGCCAACAUGGACCAGCAUGGAUGUAUCCCUUACAGCACACCAUAUCUUUAGGAUGGUUGGCUUAUUUUGCUGUGGAUUCCUUGCUGGGUAUGCUGUCUGGAAUAUUGUGGUUGUUUAUGUUCUUGCUGGCUCCCAACUGACAAAUCUUCCUAAUCUGCUUCAAACGUACAAGAUCUUGGCCUACCCAUCUCAGUGUUUCUUAUAUUUCCUGUUGGUUCUUAGCACAAUUACAGCUUUUGAUAGGAUUGAUUUGGAAAGAACGGCAGAUGCACUGCGUGGGCUUCUUAAACUUGACCCUGCAGCCUUGGCUUCAUUCUUUUAUUUUGUAGCACUUAUCCUCGCCCUAAGUCAACAAAUGACCAGUGACAGAAUUAACUUCUACACACCCCCAACAGAAAAUGGCAGCCUGUGGCAGGCAAAUACAGAAGAGCAGAUUCUUCAGCCAUGGAUUGUAAUAAACUUAGUUGUUGCUCUCUUGGUUGGCCUGGCUUGGCUAUUUUUAUCCUGCCGCCCAGAUAUAGAUCAUACUGAAGAGGCAAUGUUUAUCCCUGAAGGGGAGGAUUAUCCAGACAUGGAAAAAGGAACUAAGAUUCAAGGGUAAAGCAGAACUCUCGUGUACACUCAUAAUGCCUUUUUUAUUCUUUUGUUUUUAUACCUUUGGAUAUUUUAUAUACAUGUGUUUAUAUGUGUGAAAAAACUGAUUUAUUUUUGAAACUUUGUAUGAAAGUAUUGUAUAUUGUAACAUUUUUUAAAUAAAUAUUUUUUAUUCUA